AUGGAUGUUUCCCAGGAGCACGUUUCUUUGACCGGGCACCCUAAUCUCUUCCAGCACUUUAAUAAUAAGAGAAUAGCCACCGACAACGCAGUAGACCAGAUGUAUCAACGGACAUUUCGCCUCGACAUUGAGAAAACUUCGAGGGCUCUUUACGUUGUCGGCACAGUGUUGAAAGUGAACCUGAUCAGGUAAGCGUGUCAAUGCUACCCCAUCCAGAUAGAAUUGUCUCUUAAGACAACUGUAGCCCAGUUGGUAGAGCAUGGCGCUUGCAACGCCAGAGUUGUGGGUUCGUUUCCCACGGGGGGCCAGUAUGAAAAUGUAUGCAUUCACUAACUGUAAAUCGCUCUGGAUAAGAGCGUCUGCUAAAUGACGAAAAUGUAUGACUGUAGUAGCUGGGUAGCCCUAUUAUUGUUAGCUAGUGUAGGCGACAAUUUAUUUGACAUUAAACACACUGCUGUAAUCUAUUUUUAAACUCUGCAUUGUUGGGAAGGGCUGGUAAGCAAGCAUUUCACAGUAAAGUCUACACCAGUUGUAUUCGGCGCAUGUGACACAUACAAUUUGACACAUACAUGGAUUAUCUCCAGUAGCCCAGUUUGUCCCCGGUUUCCUAGUUUUGACUAGCACGUGAACGCUGCAUAAGUCUAUUUUGCUUUAUUUUUUGCGUUUCCGAAAUUGUAGGCUAUAGGGCCAUGCUACUCUGUAAUUAAAGGUGCACUUUGCGGAACUCGCUCCGCCAUUUCCUGGUUGAUAAAAUUACACCCCCAUACAAAAAAAUUAUAACAGUGAUAUGUAUUUUCGUCAUGCAAAAUGUACUCGGAACAUUCGUAAUUUUUUUUCUCAAUGCAUUUAUUGCUUUGAAAUUUUAAAUGACAGUUAUAAGAAAAACAAUAUAUAAAUCUCACACAUAGGUAUGAAUUAUUUUCUAAUUGCAUUUAGUGUUAGUCAACCUUAUGACUACUUUGUUUCUUGUAUCUACUGUAGAUAAUAAUUGCCAGCUCAUUUUGAAAUUAAAAUUGAGAUGGUGUAGACUAUUGUAGGUUUAUAAUUUGUGAUCUACAAGUUUUGAAAACACACAAAUCUAAGUAUGAAUGUGGCUGCCCAUAAGGUUAUAGAAUCACAUUGUAUUUAUAAAACAUGGUUUAGAUAUUGUGUUAAUCAAUGACUGUAUAGGUUGUAAAUCACUAUUUUGUGCUGAGUCCUACAAGGAUAUCCAUUGGGAAUUGUUAAUGCCUGUUACCACCGCGGUUUGCGUCUCCCCUCCCCUCAUCAACACUCGAAGAAGCACAUUAUCUAUAGAAAAUGUUAGUCGACAUGGUUAUUGGAGUGUUACUUAACUUUUAUGUUGAAACUGUGAAGGUUAUAUGUGUAAAUUGAUAGUGUGUAACUGUUAGCGAUCUUGACAUAGAGAUGAUUGGGUUUGCGGCUAAGCAAGGCUAGCCCAUAGAAUAACACAAUAAAAAAUUAAAGUCUACAAAACUUAGUCCACUCUAUAAUGUAUUAGCUAUAUGACUAUUUUAAAUACAGAGGAUGUAGCAUUGUACAGCUAAGCCAGAGUCAUCUUCAGACCUAACUCAAAUUUAAAUAUCUUGCUGUGCCAUUAUGACUUUGGAUAAUUAUUUGAAAAAAAAAGAUGGAUUAGAUCCUGAAAAAGGGACCACAGUAAUUAGUGAGUAGGUUUUUGUUAAUCGAUUGCAAAUGAGCAUUUGAAAGUGUGCGGGUGUCGUCAUGAUAUUGUUUUAAAAAUAAUGACUUAUAAAUGACUCAUGGCAGAAAGAAUGGUGAAUAUUAUUCCAGACACUGACAUGUUUUAAAUACUGAGUGAUUUUGAGAUUUAGGUUGUUUUUUUACUUACCCAGUCAGACGAACUCAUGGGAAAAAAAUUGUAUGUCUUUGCGGGCAGUUUGGAGAUUAUUGAAGUUAGCAUGUCGUUAGGUUAGCGCAGCUCCUCUCAAAAACAGGGAAAUAUACUUUUCACAUAAAGGAUUUUCCUAUUUUUUUUUAAUGACCCCAACCCCUUACUGUUUUAUGUUUAAAAAAAAAUAUUUAACCUUUAUUUAACCAGGUAAGACCCAUUGAGGUAAAAACCUAUUUUGUGAGGGCGACCUGGCAAGAAGGCAAAACAGGGAAAUAGCAGCGUGUACAAAAAUGUGUACAAAAGAAAUACAAAUACACACAAAUUACAUGUGCUCUUUGUCUUAUGUUUGUUGCUUUCCCCCCAAAGAUGCUGUCAUAAAGCACUUCCCGGGUGCAACAAAGUGGGAACGACUUAAAACAGUAAAAUGGCUGAAUUGAGAAGCGAUGAGAGAAAAAAAAAUGUAAUAGGAUUAAGUUUAGUGUUUUGUGUCGUUUGUUCUAACGUUUUAUUACCAGGACUACAAGUAUCACUGAAAUAAUGCUCCCGUAACAUAUGCUAACACAUAUUGUGACAUAUAUGUAAUAAACAUUUGAAUACUCUGUGUCACACAUACAGUAUAUGAACAUAUUACAUUUACAUUUUAGUCAUUUAGCAGACGCUCGUAUCCAGAGCGACUUACAGUUAGUGAAUGCAUACAUUUUCAUACUGGCCCCCCGUGGGAAACGAACCCACAACCCUGGCGUUGCAAGCGCCAUGCUCUACCAACUGAGCUAGAGGGGACUACAUAUAAGUAUUUUAUAUGUGUGUGUGUGUGUGUGUGUGUAAGGCAGAAAUAUGUCACAUAUAAAAACUGACAGUUCUUGUAUAUGUCAACAUAUGUGACAUACUGUAUGUACUUAUUUGUGUGGAUACAUGCAGUAUAUAAGCAUAUAUGGGCAUAUGUUUCCACCAUAUAUGCCCAUAUAAAACAUAAUUUAUAUUGCCAUAUUACUUUCCCAUAUGGGUAGUGUAGAGAAUCAUUGUACCAUCUAAACAGCUGUGAAAUAUAUUUUCCAUAACCAAGAAUACUGUAUUUUCAGCUGUUUUGAAGCUGGUGAACAAAGAUCUACGGCUUCUUAGACUUGCUUUCAAUGAGAAUGACAGAUCUAUAACUCAUAUUUCUAUGUCAAUUUGUUCUGGUCUCCCAAAAAGUUACAUAUUGCAGAAUUAAGAUACAAUCAAAGACAGUACAGUAUGAAUAUGGGGUAAAAUUGCUUCUCCAAUAGAAAUCCCCGAUCACACUUGUAGGCGAUGUCAUGGCGACGUUGGCUGGAUUUACAUUGUACAUUUACGUCAUUUAGCAGACGCUCUUAUCCAGAGCGACUUACAAAUUGGUGCAUUCACCUUAUGAUAGCCAGUGGGACAACCACUUUACAAUGUUUUUUAUUUUUAUUUUUUAUUAUUAUUAUUAGAUAGAUAUAGAUAAACUCAUGCGUAGAAACACGUCAUCGGGUCUAACGGUCGUCUCGCGCCGAACUGCGCAUGUGCAGGCCAUCAAAGGCACUCCUUCGCUAUAAAGUUGUUUUUGACGAAAAUAAACACAUUUCAGUUUGUCACUUUCACAAGGUUUGAGUAAUAGCAUGUUCAACUAGUUCAGACAUUGUCUGAAAUCUAGGUUGUGCCUUUUUAGAUAUUGGGAUAAUUAACAACUAAGGAAAGAUUUCACUUCUCAUUGACUUCUCAAACCCCGGCGUGGUCUGUUUGGUCUGUUUCGCAAGCUUUCCCGGAAGUCUUGCGAUGUUGCGCCUCUAGGUUUAGAAACUAUGUGAUACAAUGUUGUGCCACAUGUUUCCAUUGCCGAUUCUGUAUGGGGCUGGUUGCGUGCAGUACAGUAACUAAGCCAGACUGGACCAGCCUUGAUUUCAACGUCCACAGACAUCCAGUCCAGACUAAAUCUGAACCAAACUUGUUUCACAAGUGUAGACAGUAGAGCACAGUAAUGUACAGUGAAGUACAGUACAAUCUAGUAUAGUACAGUAAAGUACAGGAUAUGUACUAUAUUGUACUGUACCCUACUGUAUUUUACUGUACUGUACUCUUCUGUACUGAACUAAACUACUGUGCUCUAAUGUACUGUGCUGUACUGUGCUGUCCAAACUUUGAAACCUAGACGUAUAUGAUUGGUUCAAAUUUGGUCCGGACCAACGAAAUAUGGGGUUUGCUGGGGGCGGAGCUCAUUAGAAUAAUACCCAGAAUGCUUUGCAAGUGUUCAUUUUGGCAUUUUAUAUUUUGUAGUGUAGAGCAACUAGUGCUUUUUGAGGUCUGUUCAGUUUUUGAAAAAUAAUCACGGUUUUUAAUUUCGGUUUAGAUUUUUUUUAAAACAAUAAAUGCAUUAUGUGGGUUCAAUGCUGUAACAACACAAAAUAAAACAAUUAAUGGUAGUGACUGCCCCUUACUAUCACUUAUUAGGCACUAACCAUCAUUUAUUCACAUGACUUUACUUAAAUCAAAUAUUUAAGUAAAGUAUAUUACAUUUGUUUUUAGUAUGUUAAUGAUUACUUUAUUUUAUUAAUAAAACCCCAAUGAUGGCCUAUUAACGCAUAUGACCUAUUAAUAAACCAUCCUUUAUUCACAUUACUUUUAGAGAAAGGAGGAGAUAGGAAUCCCAUUGGGCAGUGAAUGGAAGAACGUUUAGAGUACCACAGUAUGAGUCAUAAUACCCAUAAAACCUAGCGGCCAAACAAGGAAAUGGUUUCAAUAGUUUUUCCACCAUUCAUUUUUCCCAUAGGGGAUUUUAGACACACUUAAAAUAAGGGCUGUGUUUUAUGUGGGUUUACCCUGGCGUGACGUUUUGAUAACCGUGUAAAUCUCUCUACGACAAGGUGCCUUAUCAAUAUAUUUGCCUGUAAAUACCCCCCUAAAAUGAAACGCUAAUUAGCUGCUAAUGUGGCUAUCAUAAAGAAGUACAAGUGCCAUGAUGAUCUGGACGAGACUGACGAAUUGUAGCAAAGGUAAGAAUCUCUGGAUUAACUAUCAAAUGUUAGCUAAAUUUAGUAAUGAAUAAAUUGGCUACAUUUCUUUAAAUUGACAAUUCUGUGAACUGUUUUUAAAUUGACACUAUACCUGUUAGUAAAGGUGUCAGCUAGAGAUAAGGUGCAGGAGCUUGCAGGGAUUUGUAGUCUUCCAUGAUGUCUACUUUGAUGCUAAUUUGCAUUUUUCGAAACUGAGAGUAAAUAGAGCCGACUAUAUUGAUAAAAGGCACCUUGUCCGAGAGAGAUUUACAUGUUUAUCAAAAAAUCACGCCAGGGUAAGCUUACAUGAAACACAGCCCUUGUUUUAAGUGUUACUAAAAUUCCCUAUGAGGAAAAUAAUAAUAAUAAUAACAAUAAUAAUAAUAUGCCAUUUAGCAGACGCUUUUAUCCAAAGCGACUUACAGUCAUGUGUGCAUCAUACAUUUUUGUGUAUGGGUGGUCAAACCCACUACCCUGGCAUUAUAAGCGCCGUGCUCUACCAGCUGAGUUACAGAAUGGCAGAAAAAUGAUUGGAACCAGUUCCCUGUUUGGCUGCUAGGUUUUAUGGGUUUUAUGACACCUCCACUGUGGGGCUCUAUAACGCCCCACCCAACAGACUGUCGACCAAUCGCGUUCACGUUGUAAUGCUGCGUCAUGCAGUUGCUAAGCUAAUCGUCACGCAAUCCCUUCUCAAAGUCAGGGUAUGAGUCGAGAAACCUGCCUACAUAAUGUCAUGAUUCCAAAGCUAGAUGAUAUUACAGAGAAUAAGUUAAUUAUCUCACGUCUCGGAAAAUAUUUGUAAUGUUGUGCUUCUUGUUGACGAAAUUCAUGCUAAUGUUGGGUUUUUGUGCUAGCGCCCGAUUGACUCCCAUUCAUUCCUUGAAGGAGAGCUCUUGUCCAAGAAUCGCCCAGAAUGCAUUGCGCGGCCCAUUAACGACGCGUGGGCAACAUACACAAUUGGCGUUAGUACAAUUCCAAUGGAGUUUCCCAUCUCCUCAAAAGUAUCUCUGUCUGUGCCAGCAGCAUGCAAUUACUUCCUGCCAAUACUGUAUAACCACAGAUAGAACAAUGAGACAGAUAUUUCACCGGAUGUGUAAAUGUGAAGCAUCCGCUUGGCGUUUCCACUCACUACCAAAUAUGGUAGUGAGUAGGACGCAAAGAGUCAGGCAGUGGGAGAAAAUGGAACAAGAUGGAUUUUGGCCGACAUCCUGCUAAUUUUCUCAUCGUUUAAACAUUUGAUCUCAAUACAGUUUUCUGUUCUCAAAACUAGAAUCUGUUACGAACAGAGUGGACUUAGGUUUGUAGACUUUACCCUUUGGUAAAGUUGUAAAAAAAUGCAUUGUUUAGAAGGAGUGCAAAGGCAAAUUUAGUUAUUGUGUACUUCACAGAGUAGGCGUUCCCUAAAGGAAAUAUGUCUGCUACAACGCACCAACAGGAUCUCGCUAGCUUGUGCUUGGCUCUGCCCACCUCCUUGCUUGUUCUGCCCACUAUGACUCAUUUGUUCCCAUCUUGGUUUAGUUAUAAAGAUAUUUUGUAUAAUAGAGUGAAGGAGUAGCAGCAAGCAAGCCACUGUCGCAAGGUCAUCACUACUAUAGACAAUUUGUCUCAUGUAAAGUGGUGGUGCCAUUAUUUAAAUUUCAUUAGCCUAAGAAGUUCAAUCAAAUGUCAAAUGAUAAUAUAUUUUCAAAUGACUAAUUAGGCUACAUGAUCAACUGACUAUUUUGUUGUCAUACUUUUGGGAUAUUCCAAUUGCAUAAAUAGUUGGAUAAUUCCCUCAAAUUGGACUGAAAGGACUGUUUGUGGAUGGCAUUUGUAUUCAGCGGAGGAGUCAGACCACAUGUUCUUAACGGAGGGAGUCUGCAUCAGUGAUAUCUUUCUGCUAGUCAACAGACUAUUUUGUUAUCCUUACAAGCUGCCAAUUCAUAUGACACCAGCCUUGCCAAUCGAGGGCAAAGAUACAGUGCAAGUGAAUUAGACGGGUUAUGAGAAAUUAUGGCCUAUGAUUUCGAAGUUAACAUGAUAGAAAAGAGUGGUAAGCCCAACACAAACCACCAACCUGAAGAAAGAAACAUAUCGUAGGGAAUUCUGACUGGGAUUUGAACCCAGAUCCAGCGACUGUGAAGCCAACACAUUAACCGUUACGCCAAGAGGUCUGAACUGAUGAGCUCGCUAGGUGUUGAGUUAAGGUCGCUACAAUAUUGUGGGCCUGUCGUGCCUCUGAGGCUGUGGUUAGUUUAUCUGAGACUCCACAAGAUAUUAUUACACAGCAGAUACAGAUGGUUUCAUAACAUUGGUGUGUGUAAAAAUUAAAUGCUACCUCUAAAGGGGCAUUUCUCUUUGUGGUAUUGUUUAGAGUAGCUUAGACUCUGUUGUUCUGGUAAAUACUAUCCUUUCGCGAAAAACUCUAUGUUCCUUUGGCGUGGACCACCUCCCUGGUCCAGCCUGAAGCCCUGGACUUCAGGUGCUAGCUUUUACAGCCCAAGCUUCAUGUUUAUAAACAGGUGUCAUACUUAGUAUAAACAACUUGAGAUGUUGUUUGAUACAUUUAUAUAUACUGUAAGUACAUCCUCAUUGCCAGUAUUCUUGUGAAAUUAUACUAGUGUAGGUUGAUAGUCCAGUAUUUCUCCCACUUUGUUACAUGACUCAUUUUAGAAGGAUGUAGAAGACAUCAUACCUCUACGAUGACUGUAGCAAUGUAACUUUAGAACAAGCACUUCCACCCGUUGCUUCUGGAAAUAGGAGAUUAUGAACUGUACUCACUCCUGGUGGUCCACUGCACUAUAGGUACAGUAUAUUAUCUUGUGUUGUCUCUGUUAUUGCUAUAGAUUUGUGUAAUCAAAGCAUCAGGAUGUGAUGUGUAACUGUCACAUGUAUUUGUUUUUCCCCUAGGAGUGCCCCUCCCAGCUCCAAGUACUUCUCUGUGAAAUGCAGCCCCAGUGUGCAGUACUGGAUCACCCCACCCCCAGCGAAGAGUGGGCCAAUCCCCGCCCCUUUCAAUGGGAAUACAGUGCUUCUUAUCACCAUGGACACUGCCAGCGAAGUGGAAAAUGAUAGCAAGGUGAAGUAGGCCACAAGCACAGCCAUGAUAGCUACCCUGAGACGUCAGUAUGUGAAAUCAUAUUCAAAGAAUCCAGAGUUGACUGUUCCCUCUUGUGACUGAACACGCUGCAGGGAAGUUUGUUAAUAAGACAAGUAUCCACAGCUCCUCUCAAGAGUGGCGUGCAAACCACAUGGAAAUAAUGCCAAUGUGGCGCUGUCUCAACCUGAUACCAGAGAAAUGUCAAACAUUGGAAAGUGAAGUGGUACACCACAGUGCCAGUUCGAUUGAUAAGGGAUUCCAGGGGUAUGUCAAUCUCUACGUGAUCGGUGUCCCGUAUACGGGACGGUUGAGCUAACGUGCGCUAAUGUGAUUAGUAUGACUGUUGUAAGUAACAGCAAACUUUCCAGGACAUAGACAUGUCUUAUAUGUGCAGAAAGCUUAAAUUCUUGUUAAUCUAACUGCACUGUCCAAUUUACAGUAGCUAUUGCAGUGAAAAAAUACCAUGCUAUUGUUUGAGGAGAACGCACAACAACAAAAAACGUAUCACGGCAACUGGUUUGAUACAUUCACCUCUGAAGGUAAAUAAUGUACUUACAUUCAGUAAUCUUGCUCUGAUUUGUCAUCCUACGGGUCCCAGAGAUAAAAUGUAGCAUAGUUAUGUUUGAUAAAAUCAAUUUUUAUAUUAAAAUGUAGGAACUGGGUUCUACAGUUUGAACCCCUGCUGUCUCUGGCUCCACACCAACCCUGCCCGGCCAUCUAGAUGUGUGAAAGUUAGUGUAUAAGCUAAUGAUCCAUCAUGUAUGACAUUCCCGGGAGUGUGUAAACUUACAUUUUGUAUUACCAUAUCAUUUUUGUAUGUUCUCUAUAGUUAUGUACUUGAAAAUGUAUCAAUUGACCAAUUCGGCACAUUUGGGCAGAUUUGAUAUAAAAUAGUCCAGUAUUGCAAUGCUUCACUGGAUCAAUCUGAAACUUUGCACACACACUGCUGCCAUCUAGCGGCCAACAUCUAAAUUGCGCCUAAACUGCAAUAUUAUAUUGUGGCCUUUCUCUUGCAUUUCAAAGAUUAUUAAAAAAAGCAUAUUUUUUUGUUUGUAUUAUCUUUUACCAGAUCUAAUGUGUUAUAUUAUCCUACAUUAAUUUCACAUUUCCACAAUCUUCAAAGUGUUUCCUUUCAAAUGGUAUCAAUAAUAUGCAUAUCCUUGCUUCAGGUCCUGAGCUACAGGCAGUUAGAUUUGGGUAUGUCAUUUUAGGCGAAAAUUGACAAAAAGAGUCCGAUCCAUAAGAGGUUAAGCCAGUGCCAGUUCCAAAAUGGGCCAGGUGUCCAGAUUCUCCACUGAAGUAAUGUACUGUACAUAUCUGGACAGGAAUAUAACAUUGAAGACCCCCAUCAAAACACAACCACUGCUUUGGUCUAGAGAUUGUAUUACCUGUGACUAUGUAAAUGUUCUCCUUUGUUGCAGCUAUCAGUCAUGUAUUAUGGAAAGAAGACAGAGGUGUUGGGUAAAGCUGUCGUUCACCUCACCGCUGUUGGUAUGUCAUGCUGAUGACAGGAGAGCACACACAUAUACACUACCCUGACCCCAUUAAUACCAUACCUUUUGUACUGUAAAUCUGUCAGUUGUAAAUGUGUGUGUUAGAGGCAAUCUGAGAUUGCGACAUCCAUUUAUGGAUCUUUAAAUUAAUGAUAAUGAUAUACUGUAUAUCCAUUGAUUUUUGAAGAAUAUAACUCAUAAUACCUCAUUAGCUUAGGUCAACUGUCAUACUCCAUCAGAACCCAAAAUAUAAGCUUGUUUUACUCCAGUGUUUGUAAGCAAUGGAAAUGUAAAACACUGUAUGGUCUCAAAACAUGGUUAAAACUAUAAUUUUAUAUCAUGGAUGGUCAUCUCUGUCUAUGAAUUUCUGGUUACAUUUCUCUAGUGGUUACAUUUCUUUAGCGCCAUCCCUCCACCUUUUACCAAAACAGUGUCAGCGACUUUGUUUGAACUGCAGAUUGCCCCUUUAAUGUAUAUUUCACUGGUUUACUCCAGACCUAAAGCAGCUUAUGAGCUUCAGUGGUACCCAGGCCCUGUCUAUCUUGCAGAGAUCUCCCUGGAUGUUGAUGCUGAUCGUGAUGGCCAGGUGGAGAGGAACAACCCCAACAAGGUUAGUUAUAUCUGCUGGGUCUGUCCAGGCAGGUCGCUUUCAGCACAGAGGUCACUAUCUCUCUCUCCUAUCACAGCAGGAUUCAGAAGGAGACGCUCUAACAUGAAUAGGCAUGUCAGAAGACUAGUGUUCAUGGAAGAUUGCCAAUGCAUUCGUAAGAAAUUCAAUUGAAUGUAGUACUUUUCCACUCAGCUGUAAAUGUAAUCUAACCUCUUGCAAACACAUUGGGAAAAGCUAAUUCGACAGGGCAGUGUUUGUUUUUGUCCCUGAAUGACAGUGUUCAUCUCACUUCAGGGAUCCUGGAUGUGGGGGCCUAAUGGCCACGGUGCCAUCCUACUGGUCAACUGUGACUCAGAACACACCUAUCGGAAGAGGCUGGACAGUGAGUGUGCUGAGGUCACCAGAGUCUCAGGUAUAUAACAACAACAGCCAAGUCAUCCUGGUCUACUGAGCUGACAGCCAGGCUGACAGUGCUGGGCAUUGCAAUAAAUCAACAUUUGAAGGCUGCAGGUCUCUGUCGCUUGUGUGGAUUCAGCAGAGAGGAACAGCAGUGAUGUAGGUGUUUGUUUUGGCUAAAUACAAAAUGCCUGAGCUAGGAGUGUGUCUUGUUUGAUUAGAUGGAUCCUUGUGUCUUGUGUGGUUGAUGGGUUGACACUUGAUGUACAAUAAUGCCAAUAUUUUGAAAUGUCAGAUCUUAAAGAUAUGUCCCCCAUGGUGCUGCGGACCAGUGGCCCUGCCAAACUCCCAGAAGGCUACAAGCUAACCAUGCACAUCUCCCAGGGUGAUGCAGAGUGUGUGAGGGUCUUUAGGACCAGUUCCACGGCAGUCAUGCACCAAACCCUGAGUGAGUCAAAUAAAAUAUGUAAUGAGUCCAGUCUGUUCAGAUCUUGUAUGUGGUGUGUGUGGCUGUCCAUGUAUGUACAACAGGAGUGUCAAACUCAUUCCAUGGAGGGUCUAUUGUCUGCUGGUUUUAGUUUUUUCCUUUCAAUUAAGAUCUAGACAACCAGGUGAGGGGAGUUACUAAUUAGUGACCUUAAUUCAUCAUUCAAGUACAAGGCAGGAACGAAAACCCACAGACACUCGGCCCUCUGUGGAAUGAGUUUGACACGUGAGGUACAAUGUGUGUACAAUUAUAGUUUUAUGGCUGAAUAUUAUAUUAAUGGGAGUUUAAAGAGGUUAAUGAAAGUGUGCUUUAUCAAGUUACCCCAAUUUGCUAACCGUUACUUAAGACAAAAUCAAGAUGUCAAUAUUCUUGCAAUGUUUUUUGUAUGACAUUUUUUAAAUUACAGUUUCAUUUGAGCAAAUUCUGAAUUUGUGAUUGAGUUCACUUUAUUUAUUUUUAUCCCAACCCCUCCGAAAGAGACACAUACAGGUUGGAGCCACACUGGGUGCCUGUGUAGCAGUUGUUGUGGGGGGUUAAGUGCCUUGCUCAAGGGCUCAACAGUAUCUAGGAUUUGAUACCAGCAACCCUCCGGUUGCCAGCUCACUUCCCAACAGAUUUUCCCUGUCAGACCCAGGAUUAUAAUUUACGGUUGCUGGUUCGCCUCUCUAACCGCUAGGCUACCUGCCACCCUGUGAUUAUCUAGAUAUAUUUUUUUAAAGAUGCACUAUGCAGAAAUCGCUCUGCCAUAUCCUGGUUGCUAAUAUUCUAAUAGUUAAUUUCAGUUUGUGACAAAACAAGCAAGUAUAGUGUAGAGAAUCAUUGUACCAUCUAAACUGCUGUGAAAUAUAUUUUCCAUAACCAAAAUAUUGUUGUUUCAGCUGUUUGAAGCUGGUGUACAAAACCAAAAGUAAAAGAUGCAAAAAACAAAACUUUAAAACGCGAAGCAUAGAAAUAGCGCACAUAGAACAGAUCUACCACUUCUUAGACUUGCUUUUAAUGCAAAUGUCAGAUCUAUAACUCACAUGUCUAUGUUAAUGUUGUCGGGUCUACGAAAAUGUUACAUAUUGCAGCUUUAAUUGUUUGCCAGCCCUAUUAUUUACAUUUAAAACAUGAUUUACUGCAGCAGAAAACCUGUUUUACAAGAGCUUUGUGAAGGACUACCCACUAGUGGUGGGCAGUGAGGAUCUGUCCAAGGAGGUACCUUACCUUGGGGGAAACACUGAGAUGAACUUUUACGUUGAGGGCCUGAGGUUCCCUGACAAAGACUUUGAGGGCCUAAUCAGCAUCUGCCUCAGCAUGCUGGAGCCGAGCUCUCAGGUACGUUGUAGUUUAACACUUUUACUGUUUGUUUGUUAGGUGUGGCACAACUUUAGAAACUGUUCAUACUUCUUAUUAUUCCACUGGAACCUCUAGCGCCAAAAUCAUAAAAGCUACCAACACCAAAACAACGUUAGAAUGUGUAGACUACCACUGGUCAGUGUGCUUGAAAAAUCAUGUUUGAUACUACUUAUACUUUUCAUGCUACAACCAUAUUUGCAUAAAUCCCAAUGCAAUUUAAUGGCCAUAGACUUGAAUGGGAAAAAUUCAGGUCAUAACUAGUCUUCAACCGUUUAAGCUAGAAACACCAUUCAAACUUUAAAAGGUGCAGACCGAUCUGGAAUAGUGUGCUUGUAUACAGCUUUUUGAUACCAUUUAUACUUUUGAACUAUAACCAUUUUAAAUGUACAUAAAAGCUCCAUAGGCUUGAAUAGGAAGUAUUUGGAUUCACCUCUGCUCUUGAACCGUUAAAGCUACAAACACCAUCCCAACGUUGGCAUGGGUAGACUGACUGAACUUAGAUGGCUUCAACACAGCUUUUUGCUGCCAUUCCUACUUCAUAAACUAAAAUGCUUGUUGUGUCCCCAUUAAUUUAAAUGGCGGAAUGCAGGCUUCAAUAGUCAAAAUCACUGCCACAAAACUCAGAAUAUUCCCCAAAAUAUAUUUUGAGAGCUUAAAAACACAUAUGGCGUGUGAUGAUAUAGUACUUACUCUAGCCUACUAUAUUAGCCCACUAUAACCUACUAUAAUAAUUCCACACCUACAAACCACCCCAAAAUAGGUCACUAUAACUAACACAUAGCCUAUGAAAACCCUAUUACUACCAUUACUACUGCCACACUACUACUACUACUACUACUACUACUACUACUACUACUACUACUACUACUACUACUACUACUACUACUACUACUACUACUACUACUACUACUACUACUACUACUACUACUACUACUACUACUACUACUACUACUACUACUACUACUACUACUAUUUCACAACCAUAAAUACUUCAAGACUAGCAAGCACACCACAUUUACUUCAAUAAAUGUAAUUUUCUAGUUUAAAACUUCCAAGUUUAUAUAUCUCUAUCCUGGACUCUCUCAUGUUUUUGUUAUUUUCUUUUGCCAGGGCUUCCCUGAGACGCCCAUCUUUACAGACAGGGUGAUGUUCCGAGUGGCUCCCUGGAUCAUGACACCCAACACACUCAACCCUGUGGAGGUCUUCGUCUGCAGGUGAGAGGUGAUGAUGAUGAUGAUGAGGAGGAUGGCAUUGAUGUUGAUGAUGCCAGCUGUAAGCGUACUGAGACAAGUGUUUCUGUGCAUUUGGUAACCCAGCACAACUGAUAACGACCAGUUCUUAAAGAGAAUGAGGAGGCUGGUGGAGAACAGUGGGUACAAGCUGAAGGUUUGCCCUGAGGAUAUGAACAGAGGAGACCGCUGGAUGCAGGUACUUUAAGCAGUGGGAUUCAGCUCGUAAUCUUUCAUGCCAUUUUGUGCUUGAACUCUUUGUCAUUUCAUCACUUUCCAAUUCCAACCUUUUUUCAAUCUAAACAACAUUUCUUCCAUAUGCUUUUUCAUCAAUGCUAAUCAUUGUCAAUUUAAAUUCUAGAUACCCUCUUCUUUAAAUGAAAGACAUCAGAACAAAGACCGGUGUCUUGUUUCUAACUGCACUAAAAACAAUGUAUAGAAAUGUAAUGGAGGUUUCUCUCUCAGGAUGAGAUUGAGUUCGGCUACAUUGACUCUCCUCACCAACGUUUCCCUGUUGUUCUGGACUCCCCCCGAAACGGAGCCCUACAGGACUUCCCUUAUGAUGUGCUACUGGUAAGAAAAGGCAUUCACAACACCUGGAGUUAAAAUGUACUUAUCUCUGAAUUGUGAGCGGUGUGGUGGAUCUGUGUCUUAACCUUGCUCUACCUGGUGCCCUCAGGGCCCAGACUUUGGCUAUGUGACGAGGACAGCAUAUGACAAGAAAGUGAGCAGCCUGGACUCGUUUGGUAACCUGGAGGUUAGCCCUCCAGUCACUGUAAAUGGAAAGAACUACCCUCUGGGUAGGAUCAUCAUUGGAGUGGCCUUCCCCACGUGAGUGUAACAUACACAUUUCAAAUCAAGACGUUUUUCCUCCAACUUUAGCAUCCCACCAACUUUUUGCAGACUUGUCUUUAUAUAUGAAAGGUAUUGCCGGCGACAAAGCCUCUACUUUUAUUUUCGCCAAAUGACCUAGUCAUGAUUGCAGUAAAGUUCUGCCAACGGCUUAGUAUGAAAUGUACUAAGGCAUGUCACUUCACCCAUCUCUUCGCAUAGCCCACCACAUGCAGUGUUUUCUAAACCACAACUGGAUGGAUUCAUAAAGAAUUACUGUGAGAAUAAAUAUCACUGAAUGAGGAAAUUAUUGUAAUAAAGUAGGCUAAUGCAAUUGAAGGCAUCAAAUUGUUGUUUACUGAAAUUCCCAAAAUAAUCAAAUUCUUAUAAUAGGCCUACAUUUGAAGCAAACGCCUACUAGCGUGUGGUCAACUAUUUCAGUACCGUUUCGCGCUGCUUUGAGACAAGUUGGGGUCUUGAUCAAGUCAUAUUUUUAUUUUCACUGAAUCUCUGUUUUGAUAUUGGUUAGGCUACAAUUAGGCUGUGGAAAUGUUAGCUAAAUUGAGGUGAGUGUGGCUCAUGAUCAUCUUGUCUAGUUGGCUCAUUUAUUAGCACUGAUCAGCUGGUAUAGCUCAUCUAUCACUGAUCAGAAACAUUUAGCAUGCAAUAAUUUAGCCUAAAUCAAGUGUAGGCCUAUUAUUUUGCUUGAUCGUGUAGGCAACUCCAAAAGCCUGCAGAGGUUGUGUAAUAUGAUUGUGACAUAUGAUUAUGAGACUCACAUGCUUUUGAAAAUAUAGGUUGCUAUUAUUUUCUACCAGUAUUAUGAUGAAGAUGGCCUACUCUCAAUGUGAGACCCUACACCUGCUCCCUAACAAAGUGGAGUGAGGGUGGAAAGAUGAAGUGUGGCUUAAAACACAUGGGCUUGUCUUGGGCUCUGUUUCAAAAUAUAUUUUUUUUGUUGAUGACAGCAGAUCCACACGUUGCCAUGAUGCAAGUUGUGUGGGAAAAAUAUUAUUUGUAUUUUAUUCUGUUAUUUUUCAUUAUAUUCUUAGCUUACUAUACAAUAGCCUAUAUGUGUGUUGACUGUGAUCAGGGUAGCCUAAGUGUGUCUUGUCUGUUUAAUGAACAAAAUAAAUAUUGGUUUCAUGCAUGGUGCAGCUAUGUAGCAAAUAGGCUGCAUAGACCAGUAACUCAAAAUAUGCCAUUCUAUUAUUUUGAAAAUACAUUUUAUUAGUCUUAUAAUGUAUCUUAGGACCUAAAAUGAAUGAAUAAUGGAUAUAUAUGUAAUGGUGUAUAUUCAUGGAUUUAUUACAUCUACAUCUAAAAGGCUUAUUCUGGCAAGAAUGUGUUAAAAAUGCUUUAAAAAACACACGCAGAUAAAACAAAUUGACAGGCAACAUACCGUAAAGACUGUCUGUAAAGGGUAAUUUAAUCUGUUUUUUUUUUAGAUACCAAUAUCUAUCUUUCCUUCUUGUUAAUGAGUAUGUGGAACAUUCAGAUAAGUCUGUGGCCAGUGGUGAUAAGGCUGUUUGACUUUUCAGGGCGACUAAGGGCCGCAACAUGACCAAAGUAGUGCAAGACUUCCUGUGGGCUCAGAAAGUCCAGGAGCCCAUUGCACUGUUCUCUGAUUGGCUCACGGUUGGGCAUGUGGAUGAAUUCAUGACUUUCGUCCCAGCUCCGGACAAGAAGGUACAUAUCUUCUCAAGGAAAACAUUUUUUUUCACUCUUUCAAAAACCACUAGUAAAAUGACAUUGCUCUGUAAUCUAGAGUAGACAUUAGUGAGAUCCUUUGAGCACCAGAAUUGUUCAUCCCAUCUAUUUGCACUUGGACAUUACACAGGCUUUGGCUGCCCUGUGGUUAUGUGAUAAUGUAAAGCUCUCAGGAUGUCAAAGGAAGCGUACAGCCAAUGUUGUCUUUGUCCCCCGUUUCUCUGCAGGGAUUCCGGCUUCUGCUCGCCAGCCCCGAUGCAAGCUACAAACUAUUCAGGGGCUUACAGAAUGAUGGGCAUGGACAAGCCAAAAUGUUUGAUGGUAGGCCUUCUGUUAGGGGACUCGUCUCAGUGUGUUUCACUGUAGUAAUAACUGUAUUUGUUACUCAUCAACACCGACAUCAGCUUUUCGAUCCCAACAGGUCUUGGAGCAGAAGAGAUUACAUUAGAUGAGAUUUUGAGUGAUGAGAAACUCAAGGCAGACAACAACUAUUUCCAGGUGAGGGAAACAUUGAGGCCAGAUUGACUAGUUACUCAGAAGCUAGCAGAGCUUUGCAUGGCUUGGUAUAAUAACCAUGCUGCCAUCCUACAGAGCUGUAUAGACUGGAACAGGGAUGUCCUGAAGAGGGAGCUGGGUCUAGACGACCAUGACAUCAUUGACCUGCCCAUCCUUUUCCAUGUAACGGGGGGGAACAGGGCAGUGGCCUACUACCCAGACAUGGUGAGACUACAUUGGUUCUACACUAGAACACCUCAUGCUGACCCCUAACCCAGGCCCAAAGUACUUCUUACUUUAUUUUUGUGGACCUAUUAUAUGACAGAAUGGCAAACCUCUCAAAAAUGCUGCCAAAUCAGCUUUGUAGUUUUGUGAUGAUUUUCUACAUGUGAUUAGGGAGUAUGUUCAAGUCAUCUACUACCCAAGUAGCCCAAGAGGCAGAUCCUAAUUUAGGCAUAUGUCUCUACCUCCAGGUGAACAUGAUUGUGUUGGGAAAGAACCUGGGCAUCCCUAAGCCGUUUGGGCCCAAGGUGGACGGCCGCUGUGCCCUGGAGGCAGAGAUGACCUCCCUCAUGGGGGGCCUGGGACUCAGCUGCACAUACAUUGAUGACUUUGCCUCCUACCACAAAAGGCAGGGAGAGGUUCACUGUGGCUCCAAUGUCCGCAGGGAACCGUUCUCCUUCAAGUGGUGGAACCUGGAGAUGUGA